AAAAAUCUCUCGGAUCGAUAUCGUCAUUUUUGCAGCAUGGCAUCCAAAUAUGGGUGUGACUGUGAUUGCGGUUCUUUACCCUGCGAUUGCCUGGCGACCAGUUCAGUGUGUACCCCGCCUCCUGCCUGUUGACAGCUGGGAUGGGCUCCAGCACUCCCGCGACCAUCGUGAGGAUAAGGGGAUAAGAAAAUGGAUGGAUGGAUGGCUGCAGGGAAAAAAAGUUAAAUACAUGCUCGCCAGGAGAGCAAACCCGUCCUACGCGGAGAGCGAAAGUACGUCAAGGAGCAGCCCAGCCUGUGAGCCGCACACCCCGGGGGACGACUGACAUGACUCGGCGGCCGAGAAGCAGUGUUCACAGCAGCGAGGAGGACGAGGAGGAGAACGAGACGUACGACCACGAUUAUGAGUGCUCGCUGGCGAAGCCCGGGAAGCGCCACCUCGGUAAAACACGCUGGACGCGAGAGGAGGAUGAGAAGUUGAAGAAAUCCGUGGAGCUCCACGGGUCCGACGACUGGAAACUCGUCGCAAGUUUACUCUCUAACCGAACAGACGUGCAGUGUCAGCACAGGUGGCAGAAGGUUCUCAACCCGGAACUCAUCAAAGGGCCUUGGACCAAAGAGGAAGACCAGCGGGUAAUCGAGCUGGUGCAGAAGUACGGCGCCAAGCGCUGGUCGGUCAUCGCCAAGCACCUGAACGGCCGCAUCGGGAAGCAGUGCCGCGAGCGCUGGCACAACCACCUCAACCCGGAGGUGAAGAAGACCUCGUGGACGGAGGAGGAGGACCGCAUCAUCUACGAGGCGCACGAGAAACUGGGCAACCGCUGGGCCGAGAUCGCCAAGCAGCUCCCCGGCAGGACCGACAACGCCAUCAAGAACCACUGGAACUCUACGAUGCGGCGGAAGGUAGAGCAGGAGGGCUACCUGCAGAGCGCUACGGCCAAGGCCGCCGGCUCAUCGCUCGGCCACGGCCACUGCCAGGUCAAGCCAGCCAGCCGCAUCUUGCCCUUCCCGCACCACUCCCCCAGUCUGACCCAGCUUCCCCCUGUGUCACCGCACAACUACGCUUACAUGUCCGACUCGCAUCGAGUGCCUUUCCCACUGGCCUUGCACCUGAACAUCCUGAACAUCCCCCAGCAUGGAACUUCUACCGUACAGAGACACUAUAGUGAGGAGGACCCUGAGAAGGAGAAGAGGGUGAAAGAGAUUGAACUGCUGCUCAUGUCGACUGAGAACGAGCUACGAGGCCAGCCGUCAAGACCAAUCAACUUGCCUUAUCCAGGCUGGGCCAGCCAGAGCCCGUUAACUUGCACCUUGGAGGGCGUGACCAAGUCAUUAACUCAUCACCAGGCCGCCGCCGCACCCACCCAUCCACUAGAUCAGACUUUCCUGCCCGAGGAGAGUGCCUUGGCUUUGCAGGCGCAGAGUGGCGCCAGCACCAUGCCCGAGUUCAUGGACUCGGUCUUUGACACAUUCCUCAACCAAUCAAUGAGUCCGGAGCAGUCCGACAGCGACAAACAUCCAGCGAGUUCGCCGAUGGAAGCCAAGACUCAGAAGGACAACGACAUUGAGAUGUUCACAACUCCCAACGUUCGCUUUUCCAUCCUGGAAUCACCUCCUUGCCCGCCCACACCUUUAAAUUCCACCUUGGCCCUGCAGGAGGCCAGGUAUGGACCGAUCAAGCUGCUGACUCCUUUGGAUCAGCAGAUGGUGGACUACAUUAAGAUGGAGCCUAUAGAGUGCACCAUUGAGCAGCCGCCUCUGAAGAAGAUCAAACAAGAGGUGGAGUCUCCAUGUGAAAGGAGUCCAUACAUGCAGUGGGAAGGCCAAGAACUCAACUCCCAGCUCUUCUCGCCAAACGGCCCUGCACAGGAAGUACCGGACUUGGUCACAAACUCAUUGCAGAGCGAAGAUGAACACAAAGCCUACCUCCUUCCUCACAGGACCUCUGACAGCCAACUACCACCGCUGAGCUCGAGGGAGCAGGCGACCAGGCAGAAAACCGAAGCGAGUGUCACCGCAGCCGAGCAAACCCCCAUCAAGUACAUCGAUGUGUUCCCAAUGAGGACGCUGGUCACGUAGAUGGCGCAAGAGGUGGGGGUCGGGGUUCAUAUUUGUUAGGGUACAACAGUUGGGAGAGGCGCCGUGCCACCUAGUUGACCAGCCAAAGAAGAUAUAUAUUUUUUUUUCAUACAUAGACAUUUGCUUUGUUUUUUUUUAACCAUUUGUCUCUUUUGGUCCUGUCUUUUUUUUAUCAAUGUUGUUUAAAAAAUGCAGGGAUGUAUUCAUUUGCAUUGGGCUGUACUGUUAAUUCAGAAUUUUGAUAUUAAUAUAAAGAACAAGUUGAUUAAUUUAUUUUCCAUGUUUUUAUUUUUUUUUAUUUUUUUUUUCAUUUCUACACAAUUGGCCAAUGGAGCAGUGUUGGACAAUUUAAGUAUUUAAGCCCUCUUUAUUUUAUUGCGUAUCCAGUGGCAUCUUUAUGGUUUGAAAACUGACCUAUUUGUUGAAUUUCAUUACUACUAUUUUGUAAAGGCUGUAAUGGGUCUUCUGAUAAUUUCAAGUGUUUGGUACCCGUCACCUCUUAUUAAACACGUAACUACUGAACACGAUGUGUUAACGGCAGCCGGGCUUUACACAGCUGAAAGGGGCAACGUGACUAGUAUUAACAGUUGAACACAUUGUCACCUUUCAAUUUCAUUUUUCUUUUGGUGAUGGGGAAGCAUUCAAUGAACAAAUGUUAUAUGUUAAAAGGAUUUAUGGUUACUCUACAGUACAUUGACACGUAUGUGUAAAACUACAUGCUUCACCCAGCAGGAGUGACAAGAUGCACUUGAAUUUAUCAGUUUAAGAAUAAAAAGAGUACUAAACACUG